AUGGACCCAAACAACCCCAAUCGCAAGAUCCGCAAAACACCACAGUACGCACUCUACCAGCGCGAGAACUUUUGGAAAACAAACAAUGGCCAAGUUCCUCUUUUCAACACAGAUCCAGCCCAGCUCGAAACCCUCGCAAAAGCUGCCCUCACGCAGAACGGCUGGCUCUACGCCUCUUCAAAUGCGGGCUCCUCUCAUACGCAUGCAGCGAAUCGCCAGGCCUUCUACCGUCACCGCAUCGUGCCCCGCAUGCUCGUCGACACGAACCAACGCGACACGGCGACGCACAUAUUCGGGCACAAGGUACCUGCGCCCAUCGGCUUCGCGCCCAUUGGGAUUAAUAAAAUCUACCACCCGGACGGCGAACUGCCCGUCGCCCGAGUCGCCGGCGAACUGGGACUGCCAUAUUGUCUCAGCACGGCGGGCAGCCAGCCUAUUGAAGCCGUCGGGCAGGCCAAUGACGCGGGCGCACGAGGGGAAGGAGACGGCGUGCGAUUCUUCCAACUCUACAUGCCGCACGACGACGAGCUUACGCGGUCGUUGCUGCAGCGCGCGGCGGACAGUGGGUUUACGGCGUGCAUAUUGAUGCUGGAUACGUGGCAGUUGGGUUGGCGACAUGAUGAUGUAGCGACCUCGAAUUACGCAUUUUAUCAUGGGCGCGGCGCGGACUUGGGGCUGAGUGAUCCGGUAUUCCAAAGGAGGUUGAGGGAGAAAGGGAUUGAUCCUCAUACCCAGCCGAAUGAGGCGGGUGCGAUGUGGAUUGAUAACGUGUGGCAUGGGCGCGCGCAUACGUGGGAUAAGGCGGUGUGGGCCAUGGAGUUGUGGAAAGAGAUAUCCGGUGGGAAGCCGUUUUGCCUCAAGGGGAUUCAGAGUGUUGAGGAUGCGAGGAUGGCGGUGGAGAGGGGGUUCGAUGGGAUUGUCGUCAGUAACCACGCGGGACGGCAGGUUGAUGGGGCGGUGGCGAGUCUGGAUUGCUUGGAGAGGAUUGUCGAUGCGGUUGGAGACAAGAUCUACAUAAUGUACGAUUCUGGCGUUCGCUCGGCAUCCGACGUUUUCAAAGCGCUAGCACUCGGUGCGAAAUUUGUCUUUGUUGGACGCCUAUGGGUCUGGGGUCUGUCCAUCAUGGGCGAAGCUGGUGUCAGACAUGUCAUGCGAAGUCUGCUGGCGGACUUGGACAUUCUCAUGAACGUGGCUGGUUUCCAGAACAUUCAGCAGAUUACAAGGGAUGCGUUGGAAAAGGGACCCGAAGGACUACCCACUGCCUAA